AGAAAGCAGAGGAAUUAAUUAAUUUAUUUAUAAUAAAGGGAAAUAAAUGUUGAAAUAAGGAAAGUAGAAUAAACGUAAAUAUGUUAGCCGAAAAAAGAAAAAAAAAAAACAGAAUAAUGGUAAACUAGAAAGUAAGGGGACGCGUUGGGCCUAGACCAGUUUUUUGUACUUGGACCGCUUGGCCUCAUCGAAAUAAUAUUAUCAUUAUCCGGAAAGCCCACAAUAACGUCUUUGGGUAAUCCAUAUUGCGAGCCCAAUAUUGUUCUCUAUUAAACCCUAAUAUCGUUUCUCACUUUCUCUCCACCCUGCAGCGCCGCCGCUCCUCAAUCUUUCUAUUCCUUCUUAAGCUUCUUUUUAUUUUUUUCCUAUUCUACCCCUCUCGGCUUUCUCCAUCUUUAUUUCUUCAAAUUUUUCGGUUUAUCUCUUGAGAAAUUACCCGGGUUUAAGUUACCCGGAGAAAUGAUGCUCGACGGGCUGAUAUGGACGCAAAAAUGGAAACCUGGAAAGGGAAAGGAAGAAAAGAAAGAGGGCACAAGAAAUGACCAGGCUUGAACCGGUUUCCGAUCUUGUGUCAGGUUGACUCGGUCAACCGGUUUAAGGGAAUUUUACAGUCGGUCGAAGGUGUUCACAUGUAGGGGUACUUCGGUAAUUUCACAAAUUUAGAUCUCAAAACUUUUGCCUAUAAAUAGGAGGUGAAUUUCUCUACAUGUUGUCAUCUUCUCUCCUCUACAUCUCCUCCCCUGCUUAAAAUUCAGUGUUAGGGUUAAGGAUUUAGUGUCUCUUCCUUCUCAAGAUCUCAUAUCUUUCAAGGAUCCUGUUCUUUUUGAAUUCAAGUUAAAAAGAUAUGAAGAGGAGGAUGGGGCAUGGCAUGGUUGAAGAUACACCUAUGCCUUUUAAGGUUGGCCAACUGGUCGAAAUUCGGUCUUUUAUGAAAGGAUAUAAAGGGGCAUGGUUUCGUUGCGAGAUAAAAGAUAUAAGCCAAAAAGGGAAUCGUUGUGUUCGUCUACUGUUACGUUACAUCGACUACCCUGAUGAGCAGGAUGAAUGGACGGAGUUAUACAAAACACCUCCAUCUGGAUGGAGCACGAAAAGGGAAAAGCAGUUGAUGUUGCGGCCCAAAUAUCCGCCAAUUUAUCAUAGUAUUGAACCUUCAAUCAACGCAAUUUCAGAAGUGAUUGUCAUUAGUGAUGGGGAUUGGCACGUGGGUGAUCUUGUGGAUUGGUUUGAAAAAGACUGUUACUGGACUGGAAAAGUGACACACAUACUAGGUGAUGAAGAAGCAAUGGUUGAGUUACUGCCGCCUCCAUGGGGAGAAGGUGAUUCUUAUCGAGCAUCUUUCAGUAAUCUACGUCCAUCUUUGGACUGGUCGCCGAAGGAUGGUUGGACUGUUCCUGUUUUUAAGGAUGGUGGAAACUUUCCUCAGUGUGCACGACUUGUGUAUCCAAUGAAUCGAACUGUUGGUGACUCAUUGGUUUCAACUGUGCCUGUGGAAAGUGAAUGUCUGAUAGACAACCCAGUUUCAGCUGGAUUACCAUCAAAUCUUGCUGCUGAUUCUCAUGUUGAAGUUGGAUAUCCUGGAGUUGGGGAUAUGAAAAUAGAAUCUCAAAAUUGCACCAAGGAGGUGAUAGGGACCCCGGGUAGUGGUGAUGAGUCUCUGCAGAACAUCAAAGCAUCUGUAGAAGUUCCUUUAAAUUCCACCCAGGAGAGCACCUUAGAGGCUGCACUUAUGGACUUUGAAGAACUGGCAAACAAGUUAACAUGGCUUGGGAAAAUUCUAAAGUUUGGAAUGCCUUUGUCAGAUGUGGGGACGGCUUCAUGGAAGUUUGUUGAACAUCAUGGUUCCUAUGUGCCAAAAUGACUUCAAUACGUGACAUCAUACCAAUGGUUUUUAAGCUUUAUCUUCGAUGCACUACAAUUUUUUGUUUGAGAGGUUCUUGGUCCAACUUAGCAGCAGCCUGUUUACUUUUCCAGCAGUGGAAUGUUUUCUCUGUUAAUAGAGUUUACAGUUCAAGAUGGUUGAUAGAGUUCGUAAUAAGGAACAGUUGAAGAUAGCAAAAUUGUUUCAUAGAAAUUUUCUGUUUGGCGAGAUAAGGAUUAUUUUACUGGUAUCGUAGUCACCACGGUAUCCAGUGAUGUUGCAGUUGUAGGCAUUGUAGGCCUGAAAUGAAUACCAAUGUGGUAGGAAGAUGUAUACAGAGUAGUUUAUAUACUGUUUAUAUACUGUUCACAGUGUUACUGCAGAAUACUCCCUCCGUCUCAUAAUUAUUAUCCAGUUUGGAUUUUCAUUUAUAAUACAAAUUGUAUUAAAAGUGAAAUUUCAAACUGGACAAUAAUUUUGGGACAGAGGGAGUAUUAAACAUCGAAGAGUCACAAGCUGGCUGCCAAUCUUUUUUGAGUUAAUUACAUCUUUGAUCCUGAAGUAUUAGCAAAUGAUCCGUUUAGUCUCUUACAUUACAUCUGAAAUGCAUAGUUCUUUUUUUUUUAUACGUUCACAAAUAGUUUCAGUCCUCACGCUUAAUAGCUUACUUGGUUAUUAUUAUAUCUCUAAAUUAUUAUUAUAUCUCUUUUUCA